AUGCCUUUACGCCCUGUCUCCCGCCCCGGCACUCCGUCCUCUCAGCCUUCGACGGCCGCGCUGCAACCACCCUCGACGCAUGGGACCAUCACGCCCUCCCCGCUAUCCCAGUCCAGCAGCGGGAGCGGCGGCAGCACGAACGGUGGCGGCUUCCGCGCGCACCUCAACCAUCUACUCCCGAGACACACCCAAUUGCACGUCAACGUCCAGAUCCACCAGCUCUCGAGCGUCCCCCUCGUAUCCGGCGAAUUCGCAUGCCGCUGGAAGCUCAAGGGCGUGCAGAGCAACCCGGCGGGCAAGGGCCUGCUGAAGAAGCCGCACGGUCACCACCACGGCCAUCGCUCGAGGAGCAAGUCGCGACCGCCGCAGGAUCGGGGCGGCGACCACGAACUCGCCCCGAGCCCCGACAAUGCGUCGAUAUCCGGCCGCUCCUCGUCCUCCCUCCGAUCCCCUGGCAUCCCCUCCGUCGUGGUGCACUCCGACGAGCGCCCGUCUACCUCGUCAUCCCCGCUCGCCAGCCCCACCCCAUCAGCCCCCCUCUCGCCCCCUGCGUCCCCCGAGUCCGGGCCCUCGCUGUCAGUCUCGGACGCAUCGACAGCGGACGAGCGGGAUCGCGAUGGGGAGUACAUCACCGGCACGCGCGGACAGACGCCGUUCAAGUCACUGCGUGAUGAUCACAGCGUACGCUGGGAGCAGAGCAUCAACGCCGUCGUCAAGAUCCCGAUAACACGCCCUCCGCACGGCUCGCACGACGCCGACAACUUCGCCCCCUACGCUGCGCCCGCGGGCGGAUCUUCCGAGGAGCCCGGAAUCCUCGAGCCGUGCCCGCUGAAACUCGUCGUGAUUCAGGACCCCAAGAACGCGCCCACAAACCCGCGCUUGGGCGCCGUGUACCUCGACCUGAGCGAGUACGCGUCCCUCACGCGCGACGAGAAGGGCGGGCAUAAGCUCACGCGGCGAUAUCUGCUCAGCGAAAGCAAGGUGAACGCGACGCUCCAGCUCACGAUCACCAUGACCUACUUCGGCGGCUCGCGGGCCUUUUUGUGCCCGCCCUUGCCGAAGGGGGAGAUCCUGUCCGGGAUCAGCUCCUUCGGCCUGGGUGAGCUCGGCGGCGACGAUGUCUUCCGCACGCGGCCGGAUACAUCCAGUCUCUUCGGCUGGGGCCACGAGCGCGACGGUAUGCCGCCGUCCAGCUCGCCGACAUCCUCUAUCUACUCGCUGUACAACCCCUCCCGCUCGCGCACGCAUCUUAACGCGGCCCCGAGCGCGCUCUCCUCAAACACAGGCGAGGAUUCUGGCAGCGCGGAUGGCUCGAGUGACGCGGGGUCGAACGUGGCGGCCUCGAGCGUCGUGCCCCCUGACGCUGCGAAGCCCGUCAGCGAGGCGAAAGAAGCACUCCUCCGACCCUUCACAUCGCCUAAGGCGACCGAGGUGCUCAUCGACGCGCUCUUCAAUCCCAUGCCGAUGGCGACGCCGCUGCCUGAGGACCCGACGUUGCGCCCUUUCCUCGUGUACCAGCCGGCGCCGCCAGAAGGCGAGGCAGCGAAGGAAGAGGUUGCGGACGUGGCGGCGGAGACUUCAAGUAUGCGCAGCUCGGACGGCGGCACGAUGGCCAGUGGGAGCAACAGCACCCACAGCACGGGUCGCGAGCGAUGGUGGAAGCGGCGGCUUGGGCAUUCGACUGCCGCCCUCGAGGUUCGCUAA